AUUUCUAUGUCACGUUUUUGCGUAGAAUAAAAACCCGGUUUGGAUUUUUCUUACGUGGAAUUUCGACCUUGCAUAAUUUUCUUGGAUAAAGCGACCAAUCGACGGUGAUUUCUGGCGAAUCGGGUCAAAUUCUUUUAACUCCGAAUACAGCUUAAACGAAAGUUGCCAUUAACCAGAUUUUUAGCUUAACGUUAACUCCCAUUAACAAUCUCCGAGAGCCAUGUUGUCCGGUGGCUUUAUCUAUCUUCUCUGUCAAUUUUUAGUACUUUCUUCGUCUAUCGAUGCAGAAAUUCCGAAGAGGAAUUGGUACGUUGCUGCCGUUUUCGAACAUAUUCAUCGGAGCAUGGUCGGUCCUUUCAACGUGUCCGCAGUUCUCGACAAUCUAGAAGCCUUUAGCCAGGCAGCUGACGUAGCGGCACAACACGAUGUCGACAUUCUCGUAUUCCCGGAAAUGGCCAUUCUUCCACCCAGUCAGAGCAGACAACAGAUCUUUCCGUUGUUAGAAGAAGUUCCGGAUCCGGAAAAGGUCGAGUGGAACCCUUGUGUAGAAGGUGACGAGAAAGAAAACGUAAUAACUCGUAACUUAAGUUGCUCGGCCCGGAGAAACAACAUGUACGUGGUAGGUAACUUGGGCCGAAAAGAGAAAUGCGAAGGGGAUUCCGGAUGCCCUUACGAUGGAUAUUAUCACUUCAAUACCAACGUGGUGUUCGAUAGGGAAGGCACUCUCAUAGCGCGUUACGACAAGCAUCACUUAUACUUAGAGGACGCGUAUAACGUUCCUCCGCAUCCUAAACUGAUUGCUUUCACUACCGAGUUUGGAACCUUCGGUACUUUCACUUGCUUCGACAUCAUAUAUUACGAGGCAGUAGAAUUCGUACGCGAUUUUAACUUGACUGGUAUCAUCUACCCUGUUUGGUGGUUCGACGAACGCCCCUUUCUAUCUUCUAUCCAGAUGCAAGAAUCGUGGGCUAUUCGACACAAUAUCACUUUAUUGGCCUCUAACGUUCACUUUCCCUUCUCUGGCUCGAUGGGUAGCGGAAUUUAUUUAGGAGAAAAGGGUGCUUCCACUUACACUCACGUAGACGAUAACAAGGCAAGAUUACUGAUAGCGAGAGUCGGAAGUUCCUCUUCGCAACCUCUCCAAAUAGUCACCCACUCCGAGGAAGAACCUCUCAAAUACCGAUUUUACGAAUUCGACUUAAAAAACUCCUCUUUGAUUAAAUUAGAAGAACCAUCCGGUCAGGUGGAAACUUGCUUAGGUGGUCUGUGCUGCAAACUCACUUAUCAAACUUCCACCCCUCUCGAAGGUUACUAUUUGGCGGCGGUUAACGAAAUAAGAAGCGGAGGACGUAAGAGAUACUUCUGGUGCGAGGAGAGUUGCAUCUUAAUCAGAUGCAACGACAAAAACAAUAAAAAUUGUUCAACCUUCCCCAUUCUCACCGAAACAGUCUUCCACUCCUUCCACCUAGAGGGCAACUUCAGUAGCCAAUACGUCUACCCCAAUGUCUUGGUUUCUUAUUCGGAACUCUUACCUGUCGACGAAUGGAAAUUCGACAUCAAAGGACAGACAAAUAUCGUACAAUCAAAAGGUUCGAUCGACCGACCGAUCCUGAGUGUCAGUCUGUACGGUCGCUGCUAUCAUCGCGACCCCCCCUACGCUCCUUAGUCAAUAAAAACUUUCCGUG